AUGCCCAACCUCUACUCUUACGUACCAGGCGGCUUUACGCAACAGCAGCCCGAAUACGUAAGUCGUCCCGAAUUUUCUCAUCCCCUUUAUUCACAUUAUUAUCAUCGUUCUCAUCAUCACUACCCUUCUCCUCCUCCUCAUCCUCCUCCUCCUCAUCCCUACUCUCAGGAUUCCACAACCCGUAAAGAGUCUCGUCGAUACAGGCAUACCUCGCGUCGUGAAACUGGCCGUCAUUCUAGCCGUCCUUACAAGAAUGAUCACAAUACUUAUUCUGGUACUAAUGGAUACUCUUACCAUGAGCAGUUCCCCGCCCCCACCCCUGGCCCCCAAUCCCCCCCACCUCGCGAACGGACCAGAUCACGGACUCACGCUCAUAGACGUGAGGCCACUUGGUCUGGUGAUCAUUCUCCCCGCUCCCCUCCCAAGUCCGGCAAGCCUUCCAUGCCACCGAGGGCGAGCACUGACCCUUCUGCCAAUGACCCCGAUGCGAUUCGUAGGAAGGCAGCCGCUUUUGGUAUCCCGGAAGAUUAUUCUUUGAAGAACUGGGAUCCCAACGAGAGACCCGUCAUCCUUUUGGGGUCCGUGUUUGACGCUAACUCCUUGGGCGAGUGGAUCUUCAAUUGGACCAAAUACCAUCACGGAAGGUCGCACGAUGCCACCAGGAUCGCGGGUGGGCUUUGGGAACUGUUGAUCGAGUUGAGUUCCAAGUUGAAGAGAUCGGGAGAGUUCUAUGCCCAGAUCAAGGCGAAGGAGAAUCGGGAGAUUCUGUAUGAUUUCAUAGAUAGCGGCGAGAAGCUUUGGUCAAAGUUGAAGGAUCUCCUCAAGGCUUGCGAGGAGUACAUGUGGAGGGGGGCUCGCGGAGUCGCCUCGCCACGUCUCGAGGAAGGCAAGACGGUCCAGAUGGGCAAGAAGUCCGGAGCCGAGUUUGUCGAUGCCAUGUUCAACGGCGUCAAGGAGUGGGAGCGCACCGAGAGAUUGAUGAGAGGCAUGGCGACGUGGUGCCAACGUUUUGAGGUCAACUGCGAGGAGAUCCUCCGUCGUCCAGAUGCUUAA